CUUCUUGUGAAAAAUACCAAACUUUAUUAACGAUCGGUGCGCAGAGGAGAUCUUUGUCAAGUCGCAAUAAUACAUUUUUGAAGCAGAUUUUAACGUUUCAAAAUAAUGUAAGAACACUUCUUUGAGAAGCUAGGUACAUUUAAAAAACAAUAUAAAACUUGCUAAUGGAUAUUUAACAUUUUAAACUGAAUCACAAGAGAAAGCCUGACACAAAUUUAUACAAAAUAUGAUGAAAGUGGUACUUUUCUGGUUUAUGUUGCCAAUUUUAAAUGUAAACUUGUCUGUAUUAGGAAAAAUCUGGAAACGCGAUUCAGAUUGCAACGCUUGUUUAUUUCAAUGUGAUCCAAAUUGCCCAUCUUAUUGUUGUCAGCCGAACCCACCACCAAUAGUAAGUUAUUAUUAUCCACUGCCCCCACAAGGAGCACCAGGAAUUCAGGGAUUACCUGGACCUCAAGGACCUGAGGGACCACCAGGACCUCCUGGGCCUCAAGGCCCUCCAGGAAUUAUAGGUUUACCAGGUUAUCCGGGAGCACCUGUUGGACCACCUGGGAUAAAUGGUUACCCAGGGGCACCUGGAGUGCCUGGACCGGUUGGACCACGUGGAGAAAUAGGCCCUGCUGGAAUACCGGGCGCACGAGGAUAUCCAGGAAAACCAGCCCCACCAACUGAUACUUCACAUUCAUGUCCGCAAGAAUGUGAAAUUUUAUGCACAUAUAACUGUCACCCGGCGUGCUGUUCAGUUUAUCGUUCAACAGACUACGUUUACACUUAAAGCAAUUUAUUCAAAAAAACCACAUUAGGUUUAUUAUUUAUAGAGGCUCAUUUAGUUAUCUGUCAGUUAUCUGAAGUCUUCUGGGAGAAUGCAAUUAUGAAUAAAUAUGUAUAUAUAGUAUGUAAAAAAUGUAUUAUUUUAAAUAAAAGUAUACAAUAAA